AUGAGCUUAUCUUUAACAUCCUCCACUAUAAAAGCAGUAUGGAUUCACGGUGUCGUUCAUCCCAAUACAUCAAGGCUUAUGACUUGGUCAACGAUGCCAUGUUCCAUUAAUUGGAUUCAGCAACCGAAUUCAAAAGAUCCAAGGUAUAUGGAAGGACGCGGUAAGCGGAAAGGACGGACAUUUAAAGUGAUUCCGCUGCCGGCAGAAGUAGAUCGAACCACGGCGGCCGGGCGGAGCCAGUGGAAAGAUGUUGGCAAAAAUCAGCAGAUUCGCCGGAUGUUCAUUUCUGGAGGAGUCUCAAUGUUCGCUGAAACAAUGCGUCCAUGUCUUGAAAAACAUCACGGACGAGUAUUAUCGUCGUUUUCUGAAGUGGUUAACAAAAGUAUCCCUUUUUGGGAUAAGCUUGCCGAAAUUGAUCGUGAAGGAUGGGCAGCUAGAGCUCGUGUGGAGAAAAAAACUGAUCAUUACAUUUAUAUCCGCAAAGCUCGUGAGAAAGGUUGCAGCGAACGAGAAGUGCUAAGCUUACAGCUUAGCGACUGUGAAAGUGAUCCGGAUGAACUUCCUGGACAGAUUUGCGACGUACAAUCAGUGGAGCGUCACAUGGAAAUGCUGGAACACCCGUCAGAGACAGAAAAUCGAACACCACCACCACCAGCACCACCACCACCACCGCCAUCCACACGUACUCCACCGCAAAUGAAUACGAAAUCAGAGGAAGAGAAUCCGCCCGUUCAGGAUACCGGAACUCAACCACAAAAGGACGAUGGAUCUGUUCGUGCCAGGACGAUUGCACCGGCUACCAUCCCACAUAGAGCGGAGAUUCUGUACAACUGGACGCCAGCAGACCGUAAUCUUCGUUUCGAUAAGGAAACCACGUGGCGUGGAAGAGCGGUGGUCACAAAUGAACAGUCACGACGUUAUAAUCGUUGCACCGGUGGUUUCCGUGACGCUGCGCUUAUUCAAGGAAGUCAAUGGGAUAUGCGCCUCGCCCGUGAAGAAGUGGACAACCAACGGGGUGCUGACACUGUCGCUCCCGCUCGCCGAAAGACGUGA